GGGCAGAAGGACAGGCAGAUGUGUCUGUAUCAGGAUGGGUCUAAACAACAUGGUGUAAAUGCAGUUGCUGGUGAGCCUCAUUUCCUGUAGGAGGUGAACAAGAGCAGAGAUCUGUUUCCCUUCAGAGCACAGAGGUUGUUUCUGUUCAGAGGAAGUGAAACUGUCUGACAGUCACUGAGAGACGGUGAAACGGCACAGCACAUGAAUCAAAUGGACCAAACAAAAUUCUGCUGUUCAGUCUGUUUGGAUCUACUGAAGGAUCCGGUGACUAUUCCCUGUGGACACAGCUACUGCAUGAACUGUAUUAAAAGCUUCUGGGAUGAAGAGGAAAAGAAGAAAAUCUACAGCUGCCCUCAGUGCAGACAGACUUUCACAGCGAGGCCUGUCCUGGUGAAAAACAUCAUAGUAGCAGAUUUAGUGGAGGAGCUGAAGAAGACUGGACUCCAAGCUGCUCCUGCUGAUCACUGCUAUGCUGGACCUGAAGAUGUGGCCUGUGAUGUCUGCACUGGAAGAAAAAUGAAAGCCUUCAAGUCCUGUUUAGUGUGUCUGGCAUCUUACUGUGAGAAACACCUUCAGACUCAUAAUAUUGUUGCAGCUUCUUUAAAGAAACACAAGCUAGUAGAUCCCUCCAAGAAGCUCCAGGAGAACAUCUGCUCUCGUCAUGAUGAGGUGAUGAAGAUGUUCUGCCGUACUGAUCAGCAGAGUAUCUGUUAUCUCUGCUCUGUGGAUGAACAUAAAGGCCACGACACAGUCUCAGCUGCAGCAGAAAGGACUGAGAGGCAGAGAGAGCUGGAGGUGAGUCGACAAAACAUCCAGCAGAGAAUCCAGGACAGAGAGAAAGAUGUGAAGCUGCUUCAACAGGAGGUGGAGGCCAUCAAUCAGUCUGCUGAUCAAACAGUGGAGCACAGUGAGAAGAUCUUCACUGAGCUGAUCCAUCUCAUCCAGAAAAGAAGCUCUGAUGUGAAGCAGCAGAUCAGAUCCCAGCAGGAAACUGAAGUGAGUCGAGUCAAAGAGCUUGAGGAGAAGCUGGAGCAGGAGAUCACUGAGCUGAAGAGGAAAGAUGCUGAGCUGAAGCAGCUCUCACACACAGAGGAUCACAUCCAGUUUCUACACAACUACCCCUCACUGUCAGCACUCAGUGAGUCUACAGACUCAUCC